AUGUUGGGAGUUAAAAGAAAUCUUUAUAGCGAAGAAGAAGAAAUUAACAAUGAUAAAGAUAAUAAUAAUGAUAAUAUAAAAAAAAAAUUUAAAAAAGAUAAUAAUAAUAAUAAUGCGAUAAUAAUAGAGAAAAAACCAAAAUCAAAUAUCAAAUAUAUAAAUAUCACAUCAUUUUCAGGCCAUAGAGUUUCAAAAAAACUAAAUUUAAAUAAUGUCAAUAAAAAAAUAACAAAUGAAUCAAAUAGUGGUAUUAACGAUUCAAUUAAAAAGUCGUAUGGCGAUUUAUUGGGAAAGCCAUUCGAUGAAAUUUUAAAAGAGUUGGAGGAUUUUGAAGCAAUUAAAUAUAAAGCUAGACUUUUACAAGAAAGUGAAAAGAAGAGUGAAAUUAACAAUAGCAAUAAUGUUAAUCAAGUUAAAGACAAUCAAUUAUGGGUAGAUAAAUAUUCACCAUCAUCAUUUCAUGAUUUAUUAAGUGAUGACUCUAUGAACAUUGAAAUUUUAAAGUGGUUAAAGUUAUGGGAUUGUGUUGUAUUUGGUAAAGAUAUUCCAAAAGAUUUAGUAAUGCCAUCAUCAGUAGCAACAUCUCAAUUAUCCUCUAAUUUGGGAAUCAGCACAAAUAGCGCAAACAGAUAUCACAGUCAACUUAAUAAUCAAUUAAAUAAUCAGUUUAAAUCAAAAUCGACUAUUGGCACUCAAUCAAGUACCCAGCCACAAUCCAAUAGUCAUCAUCACCAACAGUAUUUCUUACAAGAAGAUGGUUCACCAAUUGUUAAAGUAAUUUUAUUAACUGGGGGUCCUGGAUUAGGUAAAACUACAUUGGCUCAUGUUUUGGCAAAAGCUGCUGGUUAUAACACUGUAGAAAUUAAUGCUAGUGAAGAUAGAUCUGGUGAAGCUUUUGAAAGCAAAUUAUUAUCUACCAUUGAAAACAACAGUUCUGUAUUUUCAAAUAAACACAAUUGCUUAAUCAUCGAUGAAAUCGAUGGUAUCUCUGGUCGUGAUAAUGGUCCAAUCGAAUUGAUUUGUAAAUUAAUAGACAAUAGUUUAAAGGCAGGUGCAUCAAAGAAAACAAAUAAUACCACAAAAAAAAAUACAAAUAGCAACAACAAUAACAAUGGCGAUGAGGAGAGUGAAAGUGAUAAUGAUGACGAAGAUGAAUUUUACAGUAAUGAUAAUGAAGGUACAGCAGCCAAUAAAAAGAAGACCUCAACCAAAUCAAAAAAAAAGAAACUCACCAGACUAUUAAGACCUAUUAUUUGUAUUUGCAACGAUCAAUAUGUACCAUCAUUAAGAAAACUUAGACAAAAAGCCACCGUUUUUAAUUUUUCAGCACCAAAAAAACAGCAACUCUUGAGCAGAUUAAAAGAAAUUUGUUUACACGAAAACUUGACAGCAAAUGACUCAACAUUAGGUUCACUUAUCGAUAUGACUGGCUCAGAUAUUCGUGCAUGUAUAAACUCUUUACAAUUUAUCAAAUCCAAAACCAGUGUAUUAAACUCUGACCUAUUAAAAAACAAAUCAAACAUUGUAAUUGGCCAAAAAGAUAUCGAAAAAGGUUUAUUCGAAAUUUGGAACCUCCUCUUCAAGAAUCCAUCUACAAAUAAAAGCUCCUCAAUGUAUUCUGCCUCUCAAACUUUGUUAAAUAAUAAGAAUAUUGGCGGUAGUCAAGAGUAUCAGCAAUUAAAUCUGAUUGUCGAAUCAUGUAAUCAAGUUGAUAAAUUGAUGGAUGGUGUUCAUGAAAAUUUUUUAACCAAUAUUACUGCAGACUAUAGCUUGGAUAAGACUGUCGAUUGUCUAGAUUGGAUGGUUUUUUCAGAUGUCCUCCAAAAUCAUCACAUAGGUCACGAUGAAAAAUAUAAAUCCAUUGUACCAUUAGCCAUUCACCAUCGUUGCACAACCUAUACACCUAAAGUUGUAAUGCCACAUUCUGAAUACGACAACUAUAUCAAAAAGAAGAGUACAUCAACCAUCAAAGACUCCUUCUUUAGCGAUGCACCCGCUCAAGUACAUUCAAGUAUAAAAAAGAGUUAUUUCACUGUAGAUUUUGUUUAUCCAUUUAUAGAUAUUUUAUCAUUACCAAUUCGUGUUUCAAAUACUCAACUAUACAGCAUUAAAGAAAAGAAUAAUUUGAAUAGUUUGGUCGAAAUAAUGAAAUAUUAUCACAUUACUUAUAAAUUAGAGAAAUCAACUGCCAACCAAUACCAAUCGAAAGAUAACAAAGAUAAAAUGCAAUAUAAAUUAGAGCCACCCAUCGACCAACUAUUAACAUUCCAAAAUCAACCACAAAAUAAAUAUGACCAACAAAAAUCAUUUGACAAAUCAUCGAUUCCACCUAUUAGACAUAUUAGACUAUCAAAUGAUCAAAAACAAAUUAUUACCAUAGCAUUACAACAAUAUAAACCAAUUAAAAAAAUACAAACUGUAGAUACUCAUAAAGAAAAGGAAAAGGAAAAAGAAAAGGAAAAGGAAAAAGAAAAAGAAAAAGCUUCAUUCAAACAACCAGUUACCCCUGCCAAACCUUUGGCACCACAAGUUUUAAAAGAUUUCUUUGGUAGAGUAAUUCAAACCUCGCCUGAACAAAAAAGAGCCACUAGCGAAAAUAAAGGACCACAUAUUAAAUAUAAAUUUCAAGAAGGUUUUACCAAUGCAAUUAAAAAGCCUGUUUCUGUAAAAGAUUUCUUAUAA